AUGUGUGUGAAUGCAUUUUAUUUGACUUUGUGUAUGCAACAUGCUCCGAUAUAAUUCUCUUUGGUUAUAUUGGCAAUGUUUUUUAUAGAAGGGGAAGACAUAUUAACCAAGAUUAUACUAUCGAUGCUGAAAUAUUUUGAGAAUUAUUUAUUGAAAAUAAACGACUUUUAAAAAAUAACUGAGUUCAUCAAGAGAGGAUUGAUAAAUAAUUUCUAUCGAGAAAUACAAAAAUGUAGGAAACAGAAGAGAUUGGUAUAGGUACUUUUAGAUAUUGGAUUCAUUAAAAGGAAAGAAAAGUAACACAAACCAAAAAAGCCUAAGGGAUUAAUGGGAAGAUUAAUAGCUAAACCAUUAUCAUUUGGAAACGAUGUUUAUAGUUAUUUUUUUAAAUGA